GCCUUUGCUUGGGCGCGUGACCGACGGGUGGUGUCGAUCGUAACCGCUGGGAACAGAACAUGUCGUCGCUGCCUCCUUCGCCGUAUGUCCUCAAUUGCAUUAUUAUUUCGAGACGAUCUAGCUUUCGUUUUCACCAUCUUUUUCCGUUCAGUGGCAAGUAUAGUCUUGAAUGUCAUUUAAUUUGAAAACGGACGAAGUAUUUUAUUAAUUUCCCUUCCGCUGCUUACUUAUUUUGAGAUGAGAUUGGAAAAUCGGGAGAAACUCUUUUUAUCACCAACUUAGGAUUUCUGAGAUGAAUACCGACGGGGUUGGAUCCAUGAGGAAGGAAGGUUCUCGUAAGUCGUAACCCAUACAUAUUCUUUCAGCCAGUUUUUUUUUUCUCCUAGUGUGUUGUUAGCGCAACUCCCCUCCUCGCAUGUCGCCCGAACGCAACCGCGGCGACCAGCGAUACUCUUGGUUCCCCUAUCGUCUUCCCAACGGCGAAGAAAUUCUUGUCUACAAAGAUAAGGAUGGGGUUCUCUUCACCGACCAUGGCGGGCCGACACGACCCGUCCAAGAUGUCAUCAGGGAAUUCCUCUCCGGCCUCAGCCGCGAUCCUCCACCGCCGACUGUUGAUGAAUCUGGCUCCAAACGCCCCGAGGAAGAUCAACAAGGGGCCACUCCGAACCCUGCACCAUCCCCAGCGCAAUACACCAAGGAAUAUCAACAAGUGUCGGAAUCGUCCAUCACCGCUGCAUCUUCUUUCUCUCUGCCACAGCCUACAUCGCUCUUGAAGUUGAAGGAGUUGCUUGACACUACAGCAGUGGACAAAUCGUGCAUCACUAGCGUUUCUCCCUCUUUGCUGCAGUCUCUAUUGUCUGGGGUGCCAGAUCCCUUGGCAUUGAAGCUUGGCAUGGCUCUCAUAUCAUCUUCAUUUGUUUCUUCGUUGGUGCCCACUGGUCUAUUUAUAAAAUAUUUUGUCAGAGUUGACAAGGAGGGAUUUUUCCAUACAUAUCCUGACCGUGGAGGGCCAUUUAAGACCUUAGAGAAAGCCCAGGAAGCUAUUGAUUCACAUCAUGUUGUUCAGCGAGAAAUGAUGUGCAUGGAUGGCCUUUCUGAUGAGGAGAGGGCCGUACGGAACACUCUAUACUGGUAUCAUGAUGGCACAAGGAAGCACUCAGCAGAAGCUUUUGCUUCCUGUACGACCCGUUGCACAACACGGGAAUUGCUUAAGGCUUUAAUAGACAUGCACAACGAGGACAAUGAUCUUCUGGGGGAUCAUGCAUAUGAACUAAAAGGUAUUGUGGGUCACAAUUCAUGUUUUGAUGGGAAAGACUGCAUUUAUAGGUCUUAUUCUCAUUUCAAUCUGACCAUGAAGACUAAAGGAGCUGAUCACAACAACGAUCUAUAUUUUGCUGAAGUCACGUGUAUGAGUGGUGAUUAUGAAGCAUAUGUGCUCACCUGUAUCUGCAUAGUUAAACCUGAUCACAAUGGUGAAUGCGCUGUGUGUGAAGAUAAAAAGGAUGACAUUAAGCACCCUAAUGAUGACGUAUACAACCGUGGUCGCCGCAACAAGUUUCAUGUUAUUCGAUCACGUCGUCGUUCUCAUGCACUUGGAGUUGAUUUGUUUGAGAAGUUAUUCGCCGUGCGUGAAGAGGCUUGGCUGAUAGAAGAGGAGGCUAGGGUGAGACGAAUGAUUAAGGAAGGGAAGGAUGCUAGGAGCAGCAAGUUGGAGGUGGACAGAGGGGAGGGCAUGAUUAAGGAAGGGAAGGAGGCUAGGCGCAAUUUGGAGGUGGACAAGAUCCUGAAGCUGGCUAGUCGCAAGUUGAGGGUGGACAACAUCCUGAAGGAGGACAACAGAGGGGAUGGCAUGAUUAAGGAAGGGAAGGAGGCUAGGCGCAAUUUGGAGGUGGACAAGAUCCUGAAGCUGGCUAGUCGCAAGUUGAGGGUGGACAACAUCCUGAAGGAGGACAACAGAGGGGAUGUCAUGAUUAAGGAAGGAAAGGAGGCUAGGCGCAGCAAAUUGGAGGUGGACAACAGAAGGGGUGACCAUGCAAAGAGGGAUAAGUAUGUCGUACCGGCUAGACGAAAAUCAGUCGAACGUGAUCUAUCCAGAGUCUGUAUCUAAUGGCCAGACAACUAAUGCUCUUGAGCAGCGUAAUUGCCCUCGAAUGUUGCCUUGACACAUCAUUUAUAUGUGUCCCUAGGAGAGUAGCUGCACGCCUGCACCUACGGACCUUACCCAUGAAAAUUUGUCCGGCUCUUGUUCAUCUCUGUUAAUUAGUAAACGUCCAGUGCAAUGCACAUGUAACAUUAGGAUGAGUCGACAUAAGCCAUCUUUCUCGAGCUCGAUGGACAGCAAAUAGGCCAUAUUAAAAGAAGGGUUUGCGUGCACACAUAAUGUUAUUGCACCUGUUUUAUUCAGCCUUCUGGGAAAGAAAAGUUGUUUUCAA